CAGAGGUCCGGGUACCGCCAGCGCCGCCAGCGCCCAGCUGCCCGCCCGCGGGAUGGGGCUGCUGCUGCACUUGCGGCACGCUCCGGCGGCCGCUCUGCUCUGGAGCUGCCUGCUGGGACUGACAGCUGCUCAGGAAGCCAUCCUGCACGCGGCCGCAGAUGGCUCGUCUUCACUUUCCAAGGACUAUUGCAUGCAUUAUAACCCCAAAUGGACAAGGCUUCCAAGUUCCCUAGAAAAUGCAACUUCUCUUAGCUUGAUGAAUCUGACUGGCACGCCACUGUGCCACCCUUCUGAUAUUCCUCCUGAUGGCAUAAAGAACAAAGCAGUGGUGGUACAGUGGGGAUCCUGCCACAUCCUUGAAAAAGCCCAAAUUGCCCAGAAAGGUGGUGCUGAAGCAUUGCUGAUCGCUAACAGCAGUAUUCUGCUUCCUUCCUCAAGGAACAGUUCUGAAUUUCAAAAUAUGACAAUACUAAUUGCAGUGAUAAGCCAAAGAGACUUUAAAGAUAUGAAACAGACUCUGGGAGAUAACGUUACCGUGCAGAUGUAUUCUCCAUCCUGGCCUAACUUUGACUAUACUAUGGUGGUUAUUUUUGCAAUUGCUGUGUUCACUGUGGCAUUAGGAGGAUACUGGAGUGGAGUCAUUGAAUUGGAGAACAUGAAGGCAGUGACAGAUGCGGAAGAUAAAGAGAUGCGGAGAAAGAAGGAAGAGUAUUUGACUUUCAGCCCCCUCACAGUUGUCCUGUUUGUGGUCAUCUGCUGUGUGAUGAUCGUCCUGCUCUAUUUCUUCUACAGGUGGCUUGUUUAUGUUAUGAUAGCAAUUUUCUGCAUAGCAUCAGCAAUGAGUCUGUACAACUGUCUUGCUGCAUUGGUUCAUAGGAUGCCAUGUGGACAGUGCACGAUUUCCUGUUGUGGCAAAAGCAUUAAAGUAAGCCUGGUUUUCCUCUCCGGACUGUGCAUCUCAGUCGCUGUUGUGUGGGCUGUGUUUAGAAAUGAGGACAGAUGGGCUUGGAUUUUACAGGAUAUCUUAGGAAUUGCUUUCUGUCUCAACUUAAUUAAAACAAUGAAGUUACCCAAUUUCAAGUCCUGUGUGAUACUGCUAGGCCUUCUCCUGGUCUACGAUGUGUUCUUUGUCUUCAUAACACCGUUCAUCACAAAGAAUGGUGAGAGCAUCAUGGUGGAACUUGCGGCUGGGCCUUUCGAGAAUGCUGAAAAGAAUGAUGGAAACUUUGUGGAAGCCACUGCUCAACCCUCAGCUCCCCAUGAGAAAUUGCCAGUACUUAUCAGGGUGCCAAAGCUGAUCUGUUACUCAGUAAUGAGUGUAUGCUUCAUGCCCGUUUCAAUAUUGGGUUUUGGAGAUAUUAUUGUACCAGGCCUUUUGAUUGCAUAUUGUAGAAGAUUCGAUGUUCAGACUGGUUCUUCUUCUAUAUACUAUAUUUCAUCCACAAUUGCCUAUGCCGUUGGCAUGAUAAUUACGUUUGUUGUCCUUGUGCUGAUGAAGAAGGGGCAACCUGCUCUCCUCUAUUUAGUACCUUGUACACUUAUUACUGCCUCAGUCGUUGCUUGGAGUCGUAAGGAGAUGAAAAAGUUCUGGAAAGGUAGCAACUAUCAGGUGAUGGAGCACCUGGACUAUUCAACAAAUGAAGAGAGCCCAGGGACCACUGGUGAGCAGGCUGUGCAGCAGUAAUAACGUGGACCUACAAGGAUGUGCUAUUGAUUGUUUUACAAAUAGAAUUUGCCCACCCCACUCCAUCCUCCCCUCCCCUGCUUUCUUUCUUUUUUGCUGUUGGAGACAGAGUCAGUACUGGAACUCAUUGUCCUCCUGCCUCAGUCUCCCAAAUGUUUGAGGACUAUAACUGGGAAACACCAUGCCAAGAAAGUUUGAAAUCAAAAUUUGAACUGAAAAUUGGAAACAUUUGCAAUGAUAUUUGCCAAUCCGUAUAUUUUUAUGAGCUGGUAAAAUUCAUCAUACAUAGCGAAAAUGCAUUUCCUUUUAAUUAUGUUAAAGUUGUGCCUUCACAAUCAAUGAAAAACAUAGGGUUUGUGUAGUUUCUAAUGUAUUAUAUACAUUAUAUUUUUCUAAAAAAAAAAAAGAGACACUUUGACCCUCCCUUGUACUUUUCUAAAAUAUUUCUCCAAAAUCCAAGGAUAGUUCAUUUAUAAGUGUCAAAUCAAGUUUCUUUCUUUUCUUUUCUUUUUUCUUUUCAAGACAGGGUUUCCCUGUGUAGCUUUGGAGCCUGUCCUUACCAGGCUGGCAUUAAACUCACAUAGAUCCACAAGUCUCUGCCUUCCAAGUGCUGGGAUUAAAGGUGUGCGCCACUGCUCGACUCAAAUCAAGUUUCUUGAAUAAAUGUUUUGUUUAAGACUUAUGCAGAUCUUAUCCCCUCUAGAGGAAUAACUGCUUGCGGCUGUGCAAGAAGGCAGUUCAGCAAUGAAAAUUGGUCUUUAUAUCAUGUAGAGGUUUAAAAAAUGCACAAGGGGAUACAUAGAAACACAUCUCUUUGUAGUUCAAGUUUAAAAUUUUUCCUUACCUUUAUUUUUACUUCAUGUGUAUGGGUAUUUUGCCUGUAUACAUGUAUGUCUGUGCACCACAUUCGUGCCUGGUGCCUGUGGAGACCAGAAAAGGUGUUGGAUCCCUUGGGACUGGAGUUAUAGAUGGCUGUAAGCUGCUGCCAUGUGGGUGCUGGGACUUGAACCCAGGUCCUCUGGAAGAGCAGUCAGUGCUCUUAAGUGCUGAGCCAUCUCUCCAGCCUUGUAGUUUUAAGUUUUUAAAAACUUGUCACCCUUUUUUUAAACUUGAGGACCUUAAUUACUUCAGGCUGCAUAUGUAUUAUAUUAGACUGUUUGUUUUUCAGAUAGAAAGAAACAUAAUAUAUAGAAAUAGUCAUUAGGAAGAUACAAAAAUUGAAUCUAGUUUAUAUCAGUACACCAUUUACUUGAAAGAAGAUACAGAUCAAACGUCUGUACUUACUCUAAGUUUUGCUUUGGUUUUUCUGAUCUUUGAAAUGUAAUUCCAUUGAUUAGGUAAGGUUUUAUCUUUUAAAUUUUUUUCUUAUCUGACUAGAUACUAUGCAUCUAACUUAUUGUUUUCCUCGACUGCCCUGCCUGUCUCCCCUUUGUCAUCGCUCUCUGGUUUCCAGUCCUUUUCCCAGAAGUGAGCACCCCUGACCUUGGAGGGCUGUGUACUGUUAGGAGUACAAACGUACUUCAGUUCAUCAGUUUUCUCUCCUCCAGAGUGAGUGAUUAGAGCAGUUAUCACUCUGCUAACUUACAACUUGAGAACAAAAUAAUUUUCUUCUCAUCCUUUGCAAAAUCUCAGGUGUUUUUCUAGAAAUUAGAUGUGAAGUUAUCUUUCAAGUUAUUUUAAUUUCUCUAAGAAAGUACCAAGUGACAAGCCGCUGCAGAAGCUCAGGAUUUUGCAUUUCUGUGUCAAGAAUGCACUUGCUGUGUGAACAAAUCCAGUCUUUCAUGUUGAGGCCAGUUCAGCUCAUUCAAAGGUAAAAACUAGUACAAUGAAAAAUGGGGUAGACCUUUGAUAUUUGAACGAAAGUUCCAUUAGAUGCUUUUGUUUACUUGUUAACUCUUGCUGAGCAAUGGCAGGGACGCUGUGCCGACAGCCCCUCCUUUCUACUCAGUACAGUGUGGGGUCUUUUGUUAAAUCAGCUAUCUGGUGAGAGACAGGUGCCAUUUUACAAUUUCAACUGUACUUUCCCAUAUGUUGUCAAUAAAAUGCUUGCCAAAAUACAGCUAUUUUACUAACCUCUGCAUCCUCAUUCAAGUCUGUGAUAUUCAGAAGCACCAGUUACAUUUUAUGAAGAGUUAAAGAAAAUUAGUCUUUUUAAAACUAUGUUGAAAUAACGAUUCCUCAAAAUAAUUUGGUCUCAUUAAUUUGUAACUAAUACUUAAUUUCUUAAUUUAAACCAUUGUUCCAGAAGACCACUUAACACAAAUCUACAAAUCUGAUUUUUUGACUUAUUUGAGACAAAGUGUAUUUUAGCCAACCCUCAUAUUGUUGUAAUUAAAGUCUCACUCACAGACUGAAGUGUAGCUCAGUGUUGAAGUACUUGCCUACCAUGUUCCAAGUGCCUACCUCUGCACUGCCAAUGAAACAAUUACUAAGUAGCUAUAAAUAACAAAAACAAUUUCCUAGAGUCUCUUUCCUUCCUGCCAAUUUCAUAUGUUCUUAAACAAUCCUCUUAGCAACAUAGAUGGAAAUAGCUCCUAAGAGAAAAUAAAAUACAUAAAUACUGGGUCUUGGAACUAAAAAUGAAUAGAUAUCAGAGAUGAAAAUUUGACUUCUCUCUUGCUUACCUAACACCAAUAGCUUUUAAGAAGUAAAGAAGUUGGAUUUUUUCCCUUGAACACAUUUUAAAAAUAAAGUAUAUGGUAUUUAUUACCACUUAUUGCAAAAUACAAUACUUGCUGGAAAGUUCCACACUUGUGGUUUAGCAAAUAGAAAUCAUUGAUCUUAAAUGAUUUUAAAUUUUAUUUUCUUCUAGCUUUUAAGUUUUACUUUUCAUUAGCAACUUCUUUAUAGUAGUAUGCAGUUUAAUAUCCUUUGUUCCAUAUGGUGCUGGCAUUCAUGUGUUUUAGUUACAUGCACAGGCAGGUUCUGGUAGAACGUAAUAUUUUUACUAAAUACUAAUGAUCUUUCUAGUUUUCUUUGCUCUUUCAGUGUCCACUUUGUUUUGUUUUGUUUUUUUGAGACAGAGUUUCUCUGUGUAGCUUUGGACCCUGUCCUGGAUCGUGCUCUGUAGACCAGGCUGACCCUGAACUCACAGAGAUCCACCUGCCUCUACCCUCCGAGUGUUGGAAUUAAAGGUGUGUGCCACCACCAUCCAGACAGUGUCCACAUUCUUAAAACGUGCUCAGUUGUGGAGCUCUAGUCCAGGGCUUUGCACACUCUGAGCAAGUACUGGACCGCUGAGAAGCUUUUCCAGCUCCUCAGUUUGUGCUCUAGGUAGAAGUGGAAAUGAUAUGUACAUUUGAUGAAAACAUCUAAUCUUUUAAGCUAAUCCUGCAGAACUUUGGGUUGAUUCCAGUCUGUAAACUUUCAGAACUGGAAUUGUCUUCCUGGCUGGUACACACAUUGCUUGAAGAAGCUUUUGUUGUUUUCCAUGAAUUAGACAAAUAGGUUGACACAACUUGAGGUUGUGGUACAUGAUCAAUUGGCCACACAGUGGUUUUGACUAGGGAUUAAAAUAUUAUAAACAGCUGUGUUCUUCCUUUGAAAUACUCAUUUUUAGAAAUACCUGAAGUAUAUCUGGUUAGCCUGCAGCUUCCCAGUACCUUUUGUCUGGUUCCCCAUCUACCUUUUAAGAAUACAUAAUUGGAUUUUUACUUCUUAGGUGGUUGAUUUGUAUAUGGGAUUCUUUUUCUACUACUUUUCUAUGUAAGUUAGUGUAAAUUGAUAUUUUUAUAACAACACUACUAGACUUUACUUUCUUACGGAACAUGAUCUAAACUUACAUUUUUGGAGUGUUAAUUUCGCAGUAAGUGAAGUUCUCUUCAUCAUGUGCCAAUUCUGAUAAGUAAAACAACUCUUAGUGUAUUGAAUUUACUGCAUUGUUCAAUAAACUCUAUUUUAAAAUAAAAA